CCCAGGCGGCCGACGCGCCGGCUCCCGGCGGCGGCGGCGAGCGGGCGGUACGGGCGCUGCUGCAGCUGCCGACAGCUGCCGCCGCCGCGGACAGCUGCCCGCUGCUGGUGGUCGUCUCCGAGCCGGCCCUGCUCUGCUGGCAGCCGGCACUGCUGCUCUGGCUGUCCCUGGCCACUCAGCUGGCCAGCAGCUGAGUGGCCCGGCGCCGCCGCCACUACCCCAGCCGCCCGAGCCGCCGCCGCCGCCGCCAUGGAUGUGCCCCGGCCGCAAGGACACUCGGGUACCUCGCGAUCGGCACGGAGCCACACCACGGAGAGGAACCUACCCGCAGUGUCACCCAACACCUCCGCUGCGGCGGCCGUCUCCCCCACUCCGCCGGCGCCGCCCGCCGCUCCGACUUUGGCCUGGCUGCCGGCCCUGGAGCGUCUGGAGGUGCGCCUUCAGAUCAGCGCGGUCACCGUCACCGUUCCGGCCGGUCCAGAGAGCGGCGGCGGGGCGGCCGGGGACGCGGAGCGGACGGCGGACCCGCUCCCGGCCGCGGCCGGCCACCACCCGGCGCCGGUACCGGGCCGGGUCCGCAGCAGCAGCGACUCGGGCCACCGGUACUGCCUGCACGGACAGCUGGUCUCUGUGCUGCCGUCAGUCCGACUGGACAGCGCUGCGCUCAAAUCGGCCGCCCUGCCGACAGUGCCGGAGGUGCCCGUCCGACUCACCAGACCUUCAGCGGCCGCAGCCGGCUCCCAGCUGCGCUCGCCGAGCCAGACGCAGCAGGUGAUGUCGCCGUCGGUCGUGGUGGCGACCCGUGAUCGCUCGCGUACGUUCGCCGGCGCGCCCAUUGCAGAGAAGGGGUUCGCGCAUGCCCAUUGUAGAGGGGCGCGCCCCUUGCGGAGGCGGUACGCGCUACGCUGUAGACAGUAAUGCUUGUUGGGUAGCCCCUUUGCACAUUGUUUGUUCAUGGAUGUAAAUACAAGUUACAUGACUGAU